CAGUUGAGGUGGGAGGCCGAGGUCGUCGAAUACGUGCAGUGCCUAUGGGAAAAGAGUCGACCUCAAUCAAAGAAAAUCGAGCCUACACAUAAGUUAGGCCUCAAUAUCCCAUUGCUCGGGCCUCGAUUCGUGCCCCCGUCUUACAUACAUAUUCAAAAGCGCUCGGGACUCGGACAUCAAGACAUAGAGCCAGUAACACAGUACAUCAAACCCUUCAAUGUCAUUCACCCGUUCUACUACCCACAGCUUGCCACCUGUCCUCGAUGCAGCUCUGACAAGGAGACCACCUGGGAAGGGUGGACAAGCACAGGGCCGCGCGAACUCCAUGGUCUUAUCUGCGAAGAGACAGCACUCGGCGCCCAACUCCGAUGCAAUACAUGCAAGGAAUCAACAAAGAUGAAGAAGGCAACCGACAAGAACAUACCUGGAGAUGCCGAAGAUGUCCAAGCGCAUCAACCAGCCAACUUGGAGGGCUACUGUUUUGCAACGACGAGCGCUGCAUACUGGAGUUCAUGGGAGCACUGGCAGAUUCCUCGUGAGUUUCGUGCAUUAGAUGUCAGGAGCAUCCACUCACCAAACGAACAGGCAACAUCCCAAUCUUUUUCUAUCGCUGUGCCCUAA